AUGAAACUGCUAGAGAUGCGGUGUAAUCUACCUGAUUUCUUGCACGAACUGUGGCCACGGGCAACCGGUCGUCACGGUCGCUUCCAGCUACUGUCGUAUUUGCCAACUGCUCUAUCGACCGCCAACGAGAUGCCGAGAGAAAGAUAUUCAUUGCCGCCGGAUAUCACUGUAGAAAAUCCAUUCAGCAAACAAGAAGCGUGGAUAUUUGUUAUCGUGUACUCCAGCUGUGUAGUGUUCCUUGUCUGUAUGUACGAAUACUUAAUGCCAGUAUUCAACAAUCCAACAUAUCCAUAUUAUAACUUCGUACCAGACUACUCCUUCAAGCCUCCAUUGAUUACGUGA